GCCCCCGGCCGGCCCGGCGGUUCCGGCUCCUCCCUCCUCGCCACCCGGGCCCCACCAUGGUGCUGGAGUCGGUGGUCGCCGACCUGCUGAACCGCUUCCUGGGGGACUACGUGGAGAACCUCAACAAGUCCCAGCUCAAGCUGGGCAUCUGGGGCGGAAAUGUGGCCUUAGAUAAUCUACAGAUAAAAGAAAACGCACUGAGUGAAUUGGAUGUACCUUUCAAAGUCAAGGCUGGCCAAAUUGAUAAGUUAACUUUGAAGAUUCCGUGGAAGAACCUCUAUGGAGAAGCAGUCGUCGCCACCCUGGAGGGCUUAUACCUGCUUGUUGUCCCUGGAGCAAGCAUUAAAUAUGAUGCUGAAAAAGAAGAAAAAUCCUUGCAAGAUAUUAAACAAAAAGAGCUCUCUCGGAUUGAAGAAGCCCUUCAAAAAGCAGCAGAGAAAGGCGCACACUCAGGGGACUUCAUUUGUGGCUUGGAAGGCUUUGUCUACAGGGACGUCAAGCCCGGAUGUAAACGUAAAAAGCACAAAAAACAUUUUAAGAAACCUUUUAAAGGUCACGAGCGCUCAAAAGAUAAACCAAAAGAAGCCAGAAAGGAUACAUUUUUGGAAAAACUGGCCACUCAAGUAAUAAAAAAUGUACAAGUAAAAAUCACAGACAUUCACAUUAAGUACGAAGAUGAUGUCACAGAUCCACAGCGACCUCUUUCCUUUGGUGUCACCCUAGGAGAGCUGAGUCUUCUGACUACAAAUGAGAACUGGACUCCAUGCAUUUUAAAUGAAUCAGAAAAAAUUAUAUACAAGCUCAUCCGGCUCGACAGCCUGAGCGCCUACUGGAAUGUGAACUGCCGCAUGUCUUACCCAGGCUCCAGGGAACAGAUCUUGGAGCAGCUGAAAAGUGAAAUUCUUAAAAGUAGCAAUGCAUCUCCCGUCCAUCAAUACAUUUUCCAGCCAAUAUCGGCCUCAUCAAAACUCUACAUGAACCCUCAUGCAGAAACAGAACUCAGAACCCCCAAACUGGAUUGGAACAUAGAAGUACAGAAUAUUGCCAUCGAACUGACCAAACCCCAGUACUUGAGUAUGAUUGACCUUCUGGAGUCAGUGGACUAUAUGGUUAGAAAUGCCCCCUACAGGAAGUUUAAACCUUACGUACCACUUCAUACCAACAGUCGACAGUGGUGGAAAUAUGCAAUUGAUUCUGUCCUCGAAGUUCAUAUAAGAAGAUGCACACAGAUGUGGUCCUGGAGUAACAUAAAAAAACACAGGCAGUUAGUCAAGAAUUAUAAAAACACCUACAAAAGCAAAUUAACCCAGACAAAAUCCUCUGAAGAACUACAAAAACAAAUUCAGGACUUGGAGAAAUCGCUAGAUGUUUUUAAUAUAAUCUUAGCAAGACAACAAGCGCAAGUCGAGGUGAUUCGGUCUGGGCAGAAACUAAGGAAAAAGUCUGAGACAGGCGAGAAGCGUGGAGGCUGGUUUAGUGGAUUUUGGGGUAAAAAGGAAUCUAAGAAGAAAGAUGAAGACUCUUUGAUUCCUGAAACUAUUGAUGACCUGAUGACAUCAGAGGAAAAAGAUAAGCUCUUCACUGCGAUCGGUUAUAGUGAGAGUACCCACAACCUCACUUUACCCAAGCAGUAUGUUGCCCAUAUAUUGACACUAAAGUUAGUAAGCACCUCUAUCACAAUAAGGGAAAAUAAAAAUAUUCCAGAAAUACUGAAAAUUCAGAUAAUUGGCCUGGGCACCCAGGUUUCUCAGCGACCAGGAGGACAAUCACUUAGGGUGGCAGCAAAGUUAGAACACUGGUACAUCACAGGCCUGAGGCAGCAGAACAUCGUGCCAUCACUUGUGGCUUCGAUUGGUGAUAGCUCAUCAUCCUUGCUUGAAAUUGAAUUUGAAACCAAUCCGGAGAACAGUACCGCCAACCAGUCUCUGGCAGUUCAGUCCCAGCCUGUGGAGCUCAUCUAUGACGCUAAAACCAUCAAUGCAGUGGUUGAGUUCUUUAAGUCCAAUAAGGGAUUAGAUCUUGAGCAGAUAACAUCAGCGACACUGAUGAAGCUGGAAGAAAUCAAAGAGAAAACAGCUACAGGACUUACACAUAUUAUUGAAACUCGGAAAGUUCUUGAUUUAAGAAUAAACCUCAAACCUUCUUAUCUAAUAGUUCCAAAGACAGGUUUCCAUCAUGGAAAGUCAGAUCUUCUCAUCUUGGAUUUCGGUACAUUUCAGCUUAAUAGCAAAGACCAAGGUAUACAGAAGACUAAUAAUUCAUCUCUCGACGAAAUAAUGGAUAAGGCUUAUGACAAGUUUGAUGUGGAAAUUAAAAAUGUGCAGCUUCUCUUUGCAAGAGCAGCGGAAGACUGGAAAAAAUGUCGAUUUCAGCACCCGUCAACGAUGCAUAUCCUGCAGCCCAUGGAUAUUCAUGUUGUGCUGGCCAAGGCGAUGGUGGAAAAAGACGUUAGAAUGGCAAGGUUUAAGGUGUCAGGGGGACUUCCCCUGAUGCACGUGAGAAUUUCUGACCAGAAGAUGAAAGACAUGCUGGGUUUGAUUAACAGUAUACCCUGGCCACAGAAAUCCUCUCCAGAGAGACAGGUAUCCUCAAUUCCUGCUAUUUCAGAUAAGACCAGUUGUCUACUUGGUAUGUCACUGUUACUGGAUGGAAUAGAAGAAUCAGAGUCUGAUGAUGAGUAUUUUGAUGCUGAGGAUGGAGAAACACAGAUUCCUAAAAGCUCAAAAGGGUCAGAACUCAAAAAAGUUGUGGAACCCCCAAAUGAGGAGCUCAUUAACCUCCUGCUAAAGUUUGAAAUCAAAGAGGUGAUUUUAGAAUUCACCAAGCAACAGAAAGAAGAAGAGACAAUUCUGGUGUUCAGUGUUACUCAGUUAGGAACAGAAGCUACCAUGAGAACAUUUGAUUUAACAGCGGUAUCUUACUUAAAGAAAAUCAGCUUGGAUUACCAUGAAAUUCAAGGAUCCAAAAGGAAGCCCCUUCACUUGAUCAGCUCUUCUGACAAAACUGGGUCAGAUCUUUUGAAAGUAGAGUAUAUUAAGGCUGAUAGGAGUGGACCAAGUUUUCAAAGUACUUUUGAAAAAACUGAACAAACAAUUAAGGUGGCUUUUUCAUCUUUAAAUCUGUUGCUGCAAACACAAGCUCUUGUCUCUUCUAUUAACUACCUGACAACCAUUAUCCCAUCAAAUGAUCAAAACAUGGGUGGUACCAAGGAAGUACAAAUUUCAGCUGAAAAGCAACAAAGAAAUUCAGUUUCGCAGAAAGUGAUUGCCUCCUCUGAAGGUACUGACAUCGUUGACUUCCGGCUGUUUGCCAAGUUGAACGCUUUCAGUGUCUUUGUCUGUGAUGAGAAGAGCAGUAUUGCUGAGAUCAAAAUUCAAGGCCUUGAUUCCUCUCUCUCUCUUCAGUCAAGAAAACAGUCCCUUUUUGCCAGACUGGAAAAUAUCAUUGUCACUGAUGUGGAUCCUAAAACAGUUCACAAGAAAGCUGUGUCUAUAGUGGGCAAUGAAGUUUUCCGGUUCCACUUGGACUUGUAUCCAGAUGCCACCGAGGGGGAUUCUUACACAGAUAUGUCCAAGGUGGACGGAGUGGUGUCCCUGAAUGUGGGCUGCAUUCAGAUCGUCUACCUGCACAAGUUCCUCAUGUCACUCCUGAAUUUUCUGAACAAUUUCCAGACUGCCAAAGAGGCUCUGAGUGCCGCCACAGCCCAGGCUGCAGAAAAAGCUGCCACAAGCGUGAAAGACCUCGCCCAGAGGAGUUUCCGAGUCUCCGUCAACGUCAAUUUGAAAGCGCCAGUAAUAGUCGUGCCCCAGUCAUCCGUCUCCCCCGAUGCAGUGGUGGUGGACCUUGGCUUGAUCCGAGUUCAGAAUCAGUUCAGUCUGGUGUCUGGAGAAGACUACUCCAGCCCUCCCGUGAUUGACAGAAUGGAUGUACUGCUCACAGAACUUAAGCUUUCCAGGACGGUGAUUCAGCCAGGCAGCCCCCAUCCUGAUAUCCAGCUGUUGCCCCCGAUUAACUUGGGGUUCUCUGUCAACCGCAAUCUCGCUGCGUCUUGGUACCACAAAGUACCUGUGGUGGAAAUUAAAGGACACCUGGAGACCAUGAAUGUAAACAUAAAUCAAGAAGACCUUAACCUCUUAUUUAGAAUAUUAGCAGAAAAUCUUGGUGAAGGAGCAGAAGACAUGAAUAAAGUAAAACCACGGCUCCCCAAGGCAGGUGAAAUCAAAGAGCCUCCUGAUGUCUCUACGUCACAGCAAGAUGUACAGGUUUCACAAGGUCCUCUAGCAACUGGCAUGGAAGAAGUUAAGCCUGUGGAUAUCAUCAAUGUUCUGCUGAAUUUUGAAAUCAAAGAGGUGGUGAUUAAGCUGAUGAAAAAAGCAGACAAGAAAGGAAGGCCGGUCCAUGAGCUAAAUGUCCUGCACCUGGGGCUGGAGGCUAAAGUGAGAAACUACGACCUGACUGCUGAAGCCUAUCUCAAACAAGUCAGCAUGCGGUGCUUUGAGUUCACAGACUCUAAAGGAGAACCUCUCUACAUUAUUAACUCUUCUAACGUAACUGAUGAGCCCCUGCUGAAGAUGCUAUUGACAAAGGCAGACAGGGAUGGACCAGAAUUUCAAACCGUUCAUGAAAAUACCAAACAGAGGCUGAAGGUUGCGUUUUCAUCGCUAGACCUCAUUCUUCAUUUGGAAGCACUGCUGUCCUUCAUGGAUUUCUUAUCUUCUGCUGUUCCAUCCUCCGAGGCCUCGCCUUCUGAGAGGGAGUCCAAGCUGAAACCACUCCCAGAGGAAUCUCGAAGUGUCAUGGUCCAAGCUGUGUCGGGCAACACUCGUCAAGAUGAUCUGUCUGAUUUAAAGAUCACCGCUGAAUUGAAUGCAUUUAACAUCUGUAUGUGUGAUCAGAAGUGCCGCCUUGCAGAUAUUAGAAUACGUGGCAUGGACGCCUUUGUUUCUGUGAAGCCCAAGCAGACCGACAUGUUUGCGAGACUCAAGGACAUCGUAGUGGAGAAUGCUGACUUGCAGUCUAUUCACAAGAAGGCUGUCUCUAUUUUGGGAGAUGAAGUCUUUCGUUUCCAAAUGACUCUUUAUCCUGAAGCCACGGAAGGAAAGGCCUACACAGACAUGACUAAAGUUGAUGGCAGGCUGAGCCUCAAAGUGGGCUGUAUUCAAAUUGUUUACGUCCAUAAAUUCUUUAUGUCUCUGUUGAACUUCCUCAACAAUUUCCAGACUGCCAAAGAGGCCUUGAGCGCAGCCACCACACAGGCUGCCGAGAGGGCCGCGUCCAGCAUGAAAGACCUGGCUCAGAAGAGCUUCCGCCUCCUGACUGACAUCCAUCUGAAAGCACCUGUCAUCAUCAUCCCGCAGUCCUCAGUGUCACCAAAUGCCAUCAUAGCAGACUUGGGUUUGAUCAGAGUCGAAAACCAGUUCAGCUUAAUUCCCAUGGAACACUGUCCUCUCCCCCCAGUCAUGGACAAAAUGAGUAUUCAGCUGACACAGUUGAAGCUGUCCAGAACAAUUUUGCAGGCCAGCUUGCCACAACCUGACAUUGAAAUUUUAGAACCUGUCAACAUGCUUUUGUCCAUCCAGAGAAAUUUAGCGGCAGCUUGGUAUGUGCAGAUCCCAGGGAUGGAGAUUAAAGGGAAGUUGAAACCCAUGCAAGUGGCUCUCAGCGAAGAUGACUUGAGAGUCUUGAUGAAAAUUUUGCUGGAAAACCUUGGAGAAGCAUCUUCACAGCCAAGCCCUACACAGCCGACCCAGGAGGUGGUGAGAGUGAGGAAAGAUGCUUCCAACAGAUCUGACCACCUCAAAGAGCAAGAUGUGAAAGACUCAGUGCUCUCAGAGGAUCAGGAUGUCAGUCUCCAGUUUGAUUUCCACUUUGAAUCUCUGUCCAUUAUCCUUUAUGAUAAUGAUGUCAACCAGGAACCCAAACUCUCAUUUCAUAACGACCGUCUCCGCAUCGGCGAGCUCAGGCUGCAUCUCAUGGCUUCCACGGGGAAGAUGUUCAAAGACGGCUCCAUGAACGUUGGCGUCCGGCUGAGGACCUGCACCCUGGACGACCUCAGGGAAGGUGUUGAGAGGGCCACUUCCAGGAUGAUUGACAAAAAGAAUGACCAAGAUCAUAGCAGUUCUAUGAUUGACAUCCAUUACAAGCAAGAUAAAAACGGAAGCCACGUCGACGCUGUCCUCGACAAGCUGUAUGUAUGCGCCAGCGUGGAGUUUCUGAUGACAGUGGCGGAUUUCUUUAUCAAAGCCAUGCCUCAGAGUCCAGAAAACGAGGUGAAGGAAGCACAGAUCUCUCUACGGCAGACGGCAAAGAUCAAGACAGAGAAAGAUGACUCUGUGAGGCCCAACGUGACUGUAAAGGCUCAGAUCACGGAUCCUGAAGUGGUGUUCGUGGCCAGCCUGACCAAGGCAGAUGCCCCCGCUCUCACAGCCUCGUUCCAGUGCAACCUCUCGCUUUCCACGUCCAAACUCGAGCAGAUGAUGGAGGCUUCUGUGAGGGAUCUUCGAGUGCUUGCUUGCCCUUUUCUCCGAGAAAAGAGAGGAAAAAAUGUCACCAUGGUCUUACAACCCUGUUCUUUGUUUAUGGAAAAAUGCACUUGGGCUUCAGGAAAACAAAACAUAAAUAUUAAGGUUGAAGAAUUUGUGAUUAAGGUCUCGCCCAUAAUUCUUAACACCGUGUUGACAAUCAUGGCUGCCUUGACUCCCAAGGCGAAAGAAGAUGAAUCCAAAGACACCUCUAAGGAAAUGGAAAACCUCUGGGCUAUCAGAUCCAUCACAGAUUAUAACUCCUGGUUCCUUGGUGUGGACACAGCAACGGAGAUAACAGAACAUUUCAAAGAUGCGGAGCUGCCACUUACAGAAGAAAAUUGUGCCAUUACUGUGGAGUCAGUCCAAGUCACCUUAGAAUGUGGUCUGGGCCAUCGGACCGUACCUUUAUUACUGGCAGAGUCUAAGCUGUCAGGAAACAUUAAAAACUGGACUUCUAUGAUGGCAGCGAGUGCUGACAUGACACUGGAGGUUCACUAUUAUAACGAGACCCACGCUGUUUGGGAGCCACUGAUUGAGCGAGUGGACGGGAAGAGACAAUGGAACUUAAAACUGAAUGUGAAGAAGAAUCCAGCCCAGGAGAAAAGUUUGAUGCCAGGAGAUGAUUUCAUUUUCCUCCCUGAGCCACAAAUGGCAGUCCAUAUUUCUUCAGGAGACACCAUGAAUAUAACCAUCUCCAAAAGCUCUCUUAGCGUGUUCAACAAUUUAGCAAAAGGGUUCUCAGAGGGGACUGCUUCUACUUUCAACUACUCUUCAAAAGACAGGGCUCCCUUCACAGUGAGAAAUGCCGUCGGCAUUCCCAUUAAGGUACAGCCCAAUCACAACCUCAGAGUCAUGGGCUCUCCGGAGAAGAGCGGUAUUCAUGAUGUUGACGUCGGUCAGAAUUUGGAAUUGGACUAUGCCAGUCUGGAACCUUCCCAUCGAGGGAAACGAUCAAUCCUGAGCCGUCAGGAUAGCUCCUUCUUCACUCUGACCUUCGUGCCUCAUGGAUACACAGAAGUCGCCAAAAUCCCUGUUUCCAGACCUGGGAGGCGAUUAUAUAAUGUCCGGAAUCCUGCUGCCAGUCACUCUGACUCAGUCUUGGUGCAGAUAGACGCAACGGAAGGGAAUAAAGUAAUCACCCUGCGCUCUCCUCUGCAGAUUAAAAAUCACUUCUCUAUUCCAUUUACUAUCUAUAAACAUGUCAAGAAUGUCAAGCUAUUGGAACCUAUUGGAGUUGCCAGGCCAGAAGAGGAAUUCCAUGUGCCUUUAAACUCAUAUAGAUGCCAGCUGUUUAUUCAGCCAGCUGGGCACUUAAAGAGCCAGUACAGGGAGUCCACCACGUACAUUCCCUGGAAGGAGGAGCUUCGCCGGAGCACGGAGGUCAGGAGCAUGCUGCAGUGCCCCUCCCAAGAGGUCAGCUUCCUGCCUCUGAUCGUGAACACGGUGGCCCUGCCAGAUGAGCUGAGUUACAUCAGCGCCCACGGAGAGGACUGGGACCCAGCUUACAUCAUUUACCUGUACCCUCCCCUCACACUGCGCAACUUCCUUCCGUAUUCCCUGAGAUACUUACUCGAGGGCACGGCAGAAACUCACGAGCUGGCGGAAGGCAGUGCUGCCGACGUGCUCCAUUCGAGAAUCAGCGGAGAAGUCAUGGAGCUGGUCCUGAUGAAGUACCAAGGCAAAAACUGGAACGGCCAUUUCCGCGUGUCUGCUACCCUCCCCGAGUUCUUCCUCGUGUGCUUCUCCUCCAACUGCACUGAGCCCCUGAGCCUGGACCUGUCCGUCCACGUACGGAGGGCAGGCAGCCGGAUGGUGCUGUCGGUCUUCAGUCCCUACUGGCUCAUCAACAAGACUUCCCGGGUGCUGCAGUACCGCUCUGAGGACAUUCACGUCAAGCACCCCGCCGACUUCAGGGACAUCAUCUUAUUCUCCUUCAAGAAGAAGAACAUUUUCAGCAAAAAUAAGGUACAACUCAAAAUUUCGACUAGCUCCUGGUCCAACAGCUUCUCACUGGAUACAGUGGGGAGCUACGGCUGUGUGAAGUGUCCUGCCAACAGCAUGGAGUAUCUGGUUGGGGUCAGCAUCAAAUUAAGCAGUUUUAAUCUGACACGAGUAGUUACCCUGACUCCCUUUUGUACCAUUGCUAACAAGUCGUCAUUAGAACUUGAAGUUGGUGAACUUGCACCUGAUGGCUCAAGGCCCACCAGUAAGUGGAACUACAUCGCUGCGUCCGAGUGCCUUCCAUUCUGGCCAGAAAAUUUGUCAGGCAAACUCUGUGUGCGAGUGGUCGGCUAUGAAGGGUCCUCCAAGCCGUUCUUUUUUAAUCGCCAAGACAACGGCACACUGUUGAGCUUGGAAGACUUGAAUGGGGGAAUCAUUGUGGAUGUCAGCACAGCUGAGCAUUCAACCAUCAUCACCUUUUCUGAUUACCAUGAGGGAUCUGCUCCCGCCUUAAUAAUAAACCACACGCCUUGGAACCUGCUCGAGUACAAACAGAGCGGCUCUCGGGAAGAAGUGGUCCUGUUGCCAAGGCAAGCUCGACUCUUCGCCUGGGAAGACCCAACCGGGACCAGGAAACUGACGUGGACGUAUGCAGCCAGUGCUGGCGAGCACGACUUGCUGAAGGACGGAUGCGGGCAGUUUCCGUAUGACGCCAACAACCAGAUACACUGGGUGUCCUUCCUGGAUGGGCGCCAGAGGGUCUUGCUUUUCACUGACGACGUGGCCCUGGUUUCCAAGGCGCUGCAGGCCGAGGAGAUGGAGCAGGCCGACCUGGAGAUCACCUUUUCCCUCCACAGCUUGGGGCUCUCCCUGAUCAAUAACAAGAACAAGCAGGAAGUCUCUUACAUCGGGAUCACCAGUUCUGGUGUUGUUUGGGAAAUGAAACCGAAACAGAAGUGGAAACCCUUUAGUCAAAAGCAAAUACUUAUGUUGGAGCAAGCCUAUAAGAAACAUCAAGUCUCAGGAGAUCAUGGCUGGAUUAAACUAGACAAUAAUUUUGAGGUCAAUUUUGAUAAAGUUCCCAUGGAAAUGCGCCUGCCUGUUCAGUGCCCGAUCAAACGAGACUUCUUAUCAGGAAUCCAGAUUGAAUUUAAGCAGUCUCCCCACCAGAGGAGCGUGAGAGCCAGGUUGUAUUGGCUUCAGGUGGAUAAUCAGCUACCAGGUACCAUGUUCCCCGUUGUAUUUCACCCCGUGGCCCCUCCAAAAUCGAUAGCAUUGGAUUCAGAACCCAAACCCUUUAUUGAUGUGAGUAUCAUCACAAGAUUUAAUGAAUACAGUAAAGUGUUGCAGUUCAAGUAUUUCAUGGUCCUCAUUCAAGAAAUGGCCUUAAAAAUUGAUCAGAGCUUCCUGGGAGCUGUCCUCACACUCUUCACCCCAACAACUGACACUGAAGCAGAGAAAAAACGGACAAAGUUAAUCCAGCAAGACAUCGAUGCUCUCAAUGCAGAGUUAAUGGAGAUGUCAAUGACGGACAUGUCGAUGCUUAGCUUCUUCGAACAUUUCCAUAUUUCUCCUGUCAAGUUGCAUCUGAGUCUUUCUCUGGGCUCUGGAGGUGAAGAGUCAGACAAAGAGAAGCAGGAAAUGGUUGCGAUUCACUCCAUCAACCUGUUGCUGAAAAGCUUAGGUGCCACCUUGACUGAUGUGGAUGAUGUCAUAUUCAAACUUGCUUAUUAUGAAAUCCGGUAUCAGUUUUACAAGAGAGAUCAGCUCAUGUGGAGUGUCAUUAGACAUUACUCUGAACAGUUCUUGAAACAGAUGUAUGUCCUUGUCCUGGGCUUAGAUGUGCUUGGAAACCCAUAUGGAUUACUCAGAGGUCUGUCAGAAGGAGUCGAAGCUUUGUUCUAUGAACCUUUCCAGGGUGCUGUUCAAGGCCCUGAGGAAUUUGCUGAGGGUUUAGUGAUUGGAGUAAGAAGUCUUUUUGGACACACAGUAGGCGGUGCAGCUGGAGUGGUGUCUCGAAUCACUGGCUCCGUUGGAAAAGGCUUGGCGGCGAUUACAAUGGACAAGGAGUAUCAGCAGAAGAGAAGAGAGGAGAUGGGGCGACAGCCCAAAGACUUUGGAGACAGCCUGGCGAGAGGAGGGAAAGGCUUCCUGCUUGGGGUCGUUGGUGGCGUGACUGGAAUAAUAACAAAGCCCAUGGAAGGUGCCAAGAAGGAUGGAGCAGCUGGGUUCUUCAAAGGAAUCGGAAAGGGGCUGGUAGGGGCCGUGGCUCGGCCGACGGGCGGCAUCAUAGACAUGGCCAGCAGCACCUUCCAGGGCAUCCAGAGGGUAGCAGAAUCAACAGAGGAAGUGUCCAGCCUUCGUCCCCCUCGCCUGAUCCAGGAGGACGGUAUCAUUCGGCCGUAUGACCGGCAGGAGUCUGAGGGCUGUGCUUUAUUUGAGAAUCAUAUCAAAAACUUAGAAGGAGAGACCUAUCGAUACCACUGUGCUAUUUCUGGAAAUAAGAAGACGAUACUUAUGGUCACGAAUAGGCGGGUGCUGUGUUUAAAGGAAGUGGAAAUCCUAGGCCUGUCGGUUGACUGGCAGUGUCUAUUCGAAGACUUCGUGUCUCCUCCUGCGGUCGCUAACAAUCUACUGACAAUUUCAGCCAAGGAACAAGGUCUAUUCCACAGAAAAGAUAGUGCCAACCAGUGCUGCCUCCGGAAGAUCUACUUACAGGAUCGUGCUACGGCCCAGAGAGCCUUCUGUGCCAUCGAGGAGGCCCAGUCCAUGAGGCACCAGCACAAACUGAUGAAGCAACCAUCCCUGAAACUCCUCGGACCCCAAAUACCCUUUUAGCGACAGAUGCUGGAGGGUGGGGGAUAUGAGGUGUGUGUGGGGUUGUGGACGGCUUCAGGGAGGGGAUCCCAGUUCCCGAAAGAGACCAGUCCCAGACCGGUCAGGUCUGUUAAUCACUUGCCUUUACCCUGCUAAAGAGAUUUUUUUUUUUUUCCCCUCUCUUGCUAAAGAGAAAUUUUUUAAGUAGCCCCCCUUUUAGGUAUUUUUUCUAGAAUAGUCAGUGCUGGACUUUUUUUUUCUAUUUUUUCCCCUCCUCGAGUUCUAUAACCAUAGCCACAUCUACACCACCACCUUGGAAAUGAAUCAGACCCUCAAAGAAAUAUCACUUUGAACUUGUGUGCAGUGUCCAUUAAUGUUAACAUUAAAAAAUUAAAAAGGCAUAUAUUUUUUUAAAUUUAAAUCCUUACUGAAGAAAGGAGCUUAGAGUAGCUAGUGUUCUUCCAGAGGUUCUAGGCAUGGGCAAAUGCAUUAUAUUUUCUGUAAGGAUGAUUUAUUCAGUAACUGAGCUGAGGUAACAUUUCUUUGGUAGACAAGGUGAUUGACUGAAAGCCAUGAGAGAGAGGAGUGGCAUGUCUCCUAUUUUCAUUUCCCCUCCUGAGAACUUGAGUUUUCUCCUAAUAAAAAUGUGUUUUCCACUGGU